AUGAGUGUCUCUGCUAGUGCUGCUUUGCCCUCUGCGGGGGCAACAUCAUCCCAGGUGAUCCAUUGCACUGAAGAACUAUCACGAACUCUACAUGCCUUGCGGCCGAACAAGAAGCGGAAGAAGAAUCCCAAGCUGAAUUCCUACUUGCGCACUUCCAAGCCGUCAGGGAUUCAGCAUCGUCAGCAUACUCAGUAUCAAGUUCGCGGGGAUGGAUCUAUUAGCUACACGCGGUCAUAUCUCGAGCCUCCUAAGAACGCCCAGGCAACAACCCAGCCUAAGUCGACAACAUCAGCCCUUAUCCCUGAUCAAUUCGAUAACACUGUUGAAUCAUGGGAUGUCGAUACCGUGCCGUUCGACGAUGAAGAUGUAAGAAUAGGUCGCGCACCAGGAGAUCGCCCUCUGUUUCUUGAAGAGAUAUUGCGUCUCGAAGGCAAGGGCAACCUCAGGAACGCGCCGUGUUCUGGGUGCGGUGAUCUUUCCCCCAACUAUCGUUGUGAAGACUGUUUUGGCGUCAAUCUCCAAUGUUCAUCCUGUAUCAAAACUGCACACCAACUCCAUCCACUCCAUAGAUUGCAGAAAUGGAAUGGAAUGUUCUUUGAACGUGUCACCCUGAAAGCCCUCGGGCUCCGAAUCCAAUUGGGCCAUGCACCUGGUCAGGUGUGCCCCAAACCCCGUCGCGCCUUCAACGAUGAUUUCGUUGUCAUGGAUUCUCAUGCUAUUCAUGAGGUAUCACUCGACUUCUGCGGUUGUUCAAAUGCAGUCGCACACGUACAACAACUUCUUCGAAUCUCUUGGUUUCCUUCCACGACGGCCAACCCUAAAACGGCAGCAACAUUCCGUCUCCUGGAGGAAUUCCAUAUAUUGUCUUUUGAGUCUAAGGUAUCGGCUUAUGAAUUUUACAAUGCUCUUACGCGGAGAACCAACAACACCGGUCUGGCCCCUGUUAAGUCUCGAUAUGAGUGUUUCAUGCGAAUGUUACGUGAAUGGCGACAUUUAACCAUGCUUAAGCGGUCCGGCAGAGGGCACGACCCCAAAGGCUUGGAUGCUACAGUAGAAGGAGAAUGUGCCGUGUUGUGUCCAGCUUGUCCGCACCCCGGUAAAAAUUUACCGGACAAUUGGGAGAAUGCUCCUCAGGCGAAACGUUGGAUGUAUGCAUUGUUUGUCGCCAUCGACGCCAACUUCCGUCUCAAGCGGAAAGUUGUUUCCAACAAUUUCACGGACCCCAGUUUAAGUCGCGGCUGGACUUAUUUUGUAGAGGAGGCAGGGUACAAGGAAUUCCUCGCAGAGAAGAUCGACAUUGUUCAAGAGAAAUCUACUUGUUCCAGUCAUACUGCAGUCAACAUGGCAGACACAAAGACCAACCGGGGCCUGGCUGCUACUGGUCUGGGCACCAUCGACUGCGCCCGUCACAAUAUGAAACGGCCAAACGCAGUAUAUAAAUAUGGACUACUUAUUCUUUCGACCCUUCGCCAUUCGUCCCUGAAGACUCUCAACAUCUCCUACGAUAUUGCCUGCCAGUGGCAUAAGAAGCUAUGGCAGCGUAUGAGCGCGUUCCCUACUUCAAUGCAGUUCGAUCACACUUCCAAGGCCAUCUCUUUCUUCGUGCCGAAGUUUCACUUACCUGCGCAUGUCGAGAAAUGCCAGACUACCUUUUCGUUCAACUUCAAACGAGGCGUUGGUCGCACGGAUGGCGAAGCGCCGGAACGUGGGUGGGCCAACAUCAACCCCGUUGCGUCCAGCACCAAGGAGAUGGGACCUGGUGCACGGCGGGAUACCUUAGAUGAUUUUUUCGGCGACUGGAAUUGGAAAAAGUUGUCGGUCUUGGUUCGUAAUACUAUGCAGCGCAAGCUUAAAGAAGCUGUGCCUCAAUGCGCGGAUCAUCAAGCAGCCCUUAACGACCUUGAAGAAGGCCUUAAAGAGGAGUACGGGGAGGUUUUAGAGCAAUGGAGAUCGCAGGUGGAGGCCUGGGAGAAUGAUCAAAGUCAACUUAAUCCCUUCGAGCGAAACUCAGAUGUAAUAACACUAGCGUCCGUUCGGCUAGCGCUGGCCAAAGAAGAGGAACAAGCAUGCAGAGCGGUGCCCGAUGGUCGUGGUUUACACGUCACGGACAAUCAAGAAGGUAAAUUAGUCGAGCGUAGUAAUGCAUUACAGCGUCGCCUCGAUUCCUGGGUCAAGAUUCAAGAGCUCUAUAUGCCCAACGUCGCGGCCAUGCGGAUCUCGGACAAUGCAACCGCCGCAAACCCUUCCUCCAUCUCUUCCACCGCUGAAAGCUUCAAGUUAUGGUUACCUUCGCAGAUCGGGAGGUCUCUACCUUGCGAUCAAUCCCUGCAGAGGACAGAAUGGCGACUUCGAUACGCUCAAGGCCACGACGCGCUUCGCUCUUUGCGCUCCUGCCUGCGCGCUCAAACAGCCAUUCUCAAGCACAAAGACCGACACCUUCGAGGCCAAGGGGCGAAUACCAGAGCUCGCAACACUCUCAAGGCGAUUGACAUCAGGAUCGAAUCCGCUACUAGGAGAUAUGAAUGUGCGCAUAAGGCACUGGUGGUUCUAGGUAAUUUGUUGAACGAGUCCGGCUGGCAAUCUUCGCUACGUCCCUUAAGCCGCCAAGACAUACGCUCGAUGUCCGACAUUCUUUGGGGAGAAUCCGAAGGCAGACGAAAGCUCUCGUGGAUCUGGAAUAUGCGGGGCGCUGUUCUCUUUCUAAUGAUGCUACCUACAGACAUGAGGAUUGAAUGGUGCAAAGCGAGAGCUCGUGCAAUGCGAUGGGAGGAGGAAGUAGCACUCCUUCGGGAGGAAAUGCGUCGCAUAGGAGCAUUCCUGAGGUUGUACAGACUGACGCGGAGCAUGAGGAGGGCGCACUUGCCAACGCUAUCUCAUCUGAACGUGCAGGAUGGGUCCGAAGAAUGUAUUUAUAGCCAGUAG